CCCCCCCCCCUCCCCGUGAAGAGAGCAGGAUGGACGAGUGCUGCCUGCCGCCCGAUGACAUGGAGAGGCUCCGGGUGCACAAGGAGAUCGAGAGGCAGCUGCGUCGGGAUAAAAAAACCUCCCACCAGGAGCUGAAGCUGUUGCUCUUGGGGACGGGAGAAAGCGGAAAGAGCACCUUCAUCAAACAGAUGAGGAUCAUCCAUGGCGCCGGAUACAGUGACGCCGACAGGAAGGGUUUCACCCGCCUCGUGUUCCAGAACACCGUCACGGCCAUCCAGGCGCUGAUAGACGCCAUGAGGAGCCUACGGAUCGACUACGUGGAUGACCAGAACAUUAGCGUAGCACAGAGGCUGAUGGAGGUGGAGGUGCCCCAGGUGUCCACUCUGGAGGCCUGGCAGGUGGACGCCAUCAAGCGGGUGUGGAACGACCACGGCGUUCAAAGGUGCUACGACCGCAGGAGGGAGUUCCAGAUCUCCGACUCUGCCAAAUAUUACCUGCAGGACAUGGACAGAAUCACAGCCCAGUUAUACAUCCCCACCCUGCAGGACAUUCUGAGGGUCAGGGUCCCCACCACGGGCAUCAUAGAGUACCCCUUUCACCUUUCAGAGGUCAUCUUCAGGAUGGUCGACGUGGGCGGCCAGCGGUCAGAGAGGAAGAAAUGGAUCCACUGUUUUGAGGAUGUCACCUCCGUUAUCUUUCUGGCGGCCCUCAGCGAGUACGACCAAGUCCUUUACGAGAAUGAGAAUGACAACCGACUGAGAGAGAGCCUCGCCUUGUUCAAGACCAUCCUCUCGUACCCUUGGUUCCAGGAGUCCUCCACCAUCCUCUUCCUGAACAAAACCGACUUGCUAGAGGAGAAAAUCACAAGGUCUCAUCUGGCCGACUACUUCCCGAACUUUACUGGGCCUCGGUGUGACGCAAAAUCUGCGGAAAAAUUCAUCUUGCAAAUGUUCGUGGAAAAUCACAGGGGGCACCAGAAGGCGCUUUACAAACACUACACCUGCGCCACGGACACCAACAACAUCCGGGUGGUCUUCAAAGCCGUCAAGGACACCCUCUUCAUGGAGAACCUUAGAAUGUUCACCCUGGAAUAAGGACGCAGCAGCACCCCCCCCCCCCCCCCCCCACCCCCCCCCCGAGGAACAAGCAUCCGGGUUAACACUAUAACACUUUUACGGAUGUUUUGACCUAUUUAAUGCUGUCGGCUGCAGCCUGUUUACAGACCUCAGAGGAAGGCAAUGUGGCUGCAUUGUCAGGUAUGGGACAUUAUCUUAUCUUAAUCUACAUAACUGUCAAAACAAGGACAGAAUGUGCCAUUUAUGAAGAAGCAUAUAUAUACAGAAGAGCCGGCUGGUCCACAGGUGCACCACACUAUUGGGGAAGGGUUCCUUUUGUAUCCAUGCUGUAUGAUAGUCAUCAGUAAAUCGUAUCAAACUGGUCAGACAAAGUGCCGUCUACUGAAAAUGCAACCUUUCCUGUUUUACAGCGUUCACAGCGAGUUUAGACCUGUGCAGACAACAAGGGGAAAGUGAAAGAAUAGCCUGCAGGGAACCCGGACGCCUUAUGAUGUAUUUACGCGCAUGUGUUAUUGUAUCCACAACCAUGUAGCCCGUGGUUACGGUUACGGUCAGGGACACGCCGAAGUGUCCUUGACCCCUAAUUGCUCCCCAGGCAAAAAUGUAACGCACGUGUUAUAAUGCAAUGUAAGUCGCUUUGGAUAAAAGCGGCAGUUAAAUCACAUGUAAUGGUUCACCGGACCCUUUUUUUUAAUUGGUAAUAAAACAUGUGUCCAUGAG